AAUUAUGUUAGCAAUCGAUACAAAAAGGUGCAAAUUGUCCGAUAUAUUUUACAGCUAUUCGUGGCUUGUAGCUUCGCAAUUGCAACUUUGAUACGGGAGCAUUCCCAUAUUCGGGUCGAAUGCGUUUAUAAACACUAUAUCGUCGGCGGUAUCUCAAGUUCUGCAGUGGCCUAGCCAGCAGAAAGUUUUGGAUCUCGCUGGUGUUUCGGGUGUCUAGUUUCGGACCACUAAUUUCCGAUUUCUUCUCGGUUGCUGACGGAUCGCCCAAGUAGUUCUUCUUCAGGGAGUUGGCACAUCAACUGCGGUUUCUUGCGGGGACUGCUGGGAAACCAGCCACUCCCGGCGUUGCAGGAGCAUUCCUGGAAGUUCCCCGUCAGCGGAAUCCAUGGAUCUCCCGCUGAAGUUCGUGGCAUCCUUGCAACCUUUCGAAUCCAGAAAAACUGCGGAGGAACUCUUAUUAGGGUAAGAGUAUCCAUGAAACUCUCUCAGUGAUUGAAGAACCUGUCCAAGUGGCUUUAGAAGCGUAUAAAAAAGUAUAAAAAAUAGAAUCUAUGUGCGUCCCAGUGGGAACGAAUAACUACUAAAUAAAUGGAGUAUUAUGGAAUUCGGACACAAGGAUCCAUAAUCUAGCUGGGAAUGAAGAGUUUUUCGCAUUAGCUUUCGUUCUACCAUAUAAGUCUCUUAACCGGCCAAAAACUGGGAUUGCAGAAGGAGGUCAGUAAGAAUCCCUCCCAGUGGCACCACUCAACGACAAUCUGCUCAUGGCUUUGGCCAGCGAUAGAGAGGAAAGAAUGGACGACAGCAGCAGCGGACGCACUUCUCUGGCGGAUAGCGCCAGCCUGACAAACUCCUCCCUGCGCAGUGGCACCUCCUCCCAGAGCAUCCACAACAAUGAUGGAACAAUCCGGGUGUUCAACUUCGUCGUAGGCGAAUAUGAGCGCUUCCCUCCCAACAUGCUGUGCGAGGAGAUCUGCAAUGCCAUGUGCCGCCUGCUGUGUAUUGCCCCUACUGCCCAGCUGCUCUAUGGGAUACGGGAGCAUUCCACCUCGCGGCGUCCCUCGCCUCUGGUGCGUCUAGAUCUCACAUGGUCCCUGCCUGGGGAGCGACUUUCCUGCCAGUUGGUGUACUGCUUCCGGAUGCGUUUCCGGGUACCCGAAUUGGACAGUCAACUGGAGCUAAUUGACGGACGAAGCCACAAGUUUCUCUACCAUCAGAUGCGCUACGAUAUGCGCACCGAACAAAUCCUGGAGAUACGCUAUCCAGAGCACAAGGACAAAUCAACGGGCCUGGCGGUAAUGGACAUGCUGAUCGAUGAUCAGGAGCAGACGGAGGAUCAGCAGGGGAUGCGUUCCAUCGAGAAGUUGUACAAACUAUAUUUGCCACCGAGCUUGUGGCGGGCUCAUAGCUUCUUUGUGGGCUCCAAGAUACGCGAGGUAUUCCGCAAUCUGAAGGCCAACUCGCCGAGCGUAGAACGUCUUAAAUGGCACUACGUCCACCAGGUCUCUCACUUGGCGCCCACCUAUAUGACGGAGCAAUUCACCUGCACCGUUCAGUAUCUGCCCAACGAGGAGGUGGCCCGUGGAAGUGGACCCAUCGGUACCAGUCUGGCUCACUCAGUAAGCAACUCCACGUCGACUUUGGCCAGCUCUGGAUCCCUUAAUACCCUGUCCACGGUCACAACGAAUAUCAAUCAUGGCAGCAGCGGCAAGAAGAGCAAACGACGAUCCACCAGUGCAGGAAUUGAUGUCUAUGUGCGGGUCUUUCCACACGAUUCCCUGGAGCCGGGACUCAAGGUGGCCAGAGUCACCUCGGAAGCCACACUCAAGUGGAUUCUGGUUGGCGCCGUGGAGGGAAUUUUCAUGAUCUCCAAAAUCAACGAUACCUCUGUGAGGCUUGAAAUCGUGGGCCUGCCCAAGGGCUACGAAAUGCAGUUUCAGACGGAGAAGGAGAUGAAGUCCUUCAUCUCCUACUUGGGCAUCUAUAUAAGAUUGUCUAGCAAAUGGAUGCAGGACCUGUGCCACUCUUACCGCACGCCCUCGCUGGAAGAGCUCAGCUCCCUCUACUGCCAUGGACCAAUAGGCGGUGCCUAUUCGCUGAUGAAGCUGCACGAAAACGGGGAUAAGUGUGGCAGUUACAUUGUUCGAGAAUGCGACCGGGAAUAUAACAUAUACUACAUCGACAUCAACACCAAAAUAAUGGCCAAAAACACCGAUCAGGAGCGCUGCAAGACGGAGACAUUUAGGAUCGUGCGCAAGGAUUCGCAGUGGAAGCUAAGCUACAACAACACAGAGCACGUGCUAAACUCGCUGCAUGAGGUGGCGCACUUCAUCCAAGCGGAUAGUCCGGAUCGCUAUCGUAUACCCGCUUCUAAAUACGACAAGCCACCGCUUUUACUCCUGCUGCUGCCAAAGAACCUCAAGGCCAAAAAGACUGACCUGCAACUCAGCGAGGCGGAGCUGCAGCGCCGCAAUCCGCAGAUUUUCAAUCCCAAGACGGAUCUGCAAUGGUAUCCAGAUUCGAUUUCGCUAAGCGAUGAUGGCAUGAUGUUUACGAUGCGCGGCGAUUGGAUCCAACAGAGCCCCGUCAAGGAUGUUUCCGUCACAAUGAAGAUGCUGAAAAGUGACGGAAAUUUUAUGGAGUUCUUUCGGCUAGCGCAGACCUGGAGCCUCAUCCAAUCACCGCAGUUCCUUAAGCUGUACGGUCUGACUCUUGCCGAUCCGUAUACGAUGGUUAUGGAGUAUUCGCGCUACGGGCCGCUAAACAAGUUCCUGCACUCGAUGCCCAAUGUCACGCUGCACUGUCUCCUAGACCUGAUGCACGGAUUGGUGCGCGGCAUGCACUAUCUCGAGGAUAACAAGAUUAUCCAUAACUACAUACGAUGCAGCAAUCUGUACGUGACCAAAUACGAUCCAAAUUCGUACGUGCUUGACGUGAAGAUUAGCGAUCCCGGCUAUCCACGUCCCUACCGGGAAUCCGACUCGCCGUGGAUACCCACCAAGUAUUAUCGCAAUCUACAGGCGGCCAAGCAAGAUCAGUACACCCAGCUAUGGGCUUUCGCAACCACCAUAUACGAGAUAUUCUCGCGGUGCAAGGACGAUCUACGGAGACUGCGACAGGAACAGCUGCUCAGGCAGAGGAAUCUCGAUGGUAACAUACUCAAGACGCUCGAUCCGGAUCUGUGCCCAACACUGAUGUUCGAGACAAUCAUGGACGGUUGGUCUGAUGAUGAGGAGAAGCGGUUCAGUCACCACGACAUCUUCUCUCGUCUCAACACGAUCAAGGCGGAAAUACUUCCUAAUUACAUGCCACCACCUGAGUUAGCAACGAAUGGAACUGGCGAUGAGGAGGUUGUUGAGAUAAGCGACAAACCGUGUAACUAUCCCUUCCCCCGGUCAAACAUGCUGAUGGUAAUACCGCUGACCAGCGAAUGCCGAGUGAUCUACAACAUGGCGAACAUGAUUGGUCAGGGUCACUAUGGCACCGUCUACAAAGGCCAUUUGGAAUUCAACGACAAGGACCAGCCGCGGGAACAGGUGGCCAUAAAGAUGCUAAACACUAUGCAGGUGUCGACGGACUUCCAUCGUGAGAUCGGCAUUAUGCGCACCCUGGAUCACCCAAACAUUGUAAAGUUUAAGCACUGGGCGGAGAAGUCACACUGCAUCAUUAUGGAAUACUUGUCCGGUUCCUUCGAUAACUACCUGCGUUUUGAGGCGCCCAAUCUCAAAGAUCGACGUCUCGUCGGCUUCGCUUUGGACAUAGCGAAUGGCAUGAAAUACUUGUCUGGCAUGGGACUCAUCCAUAGGGACUUGGCCGCCCGCAACAUUUUGGUGGAUCACAACGGCGAUGGCGAUUGCGUCAAAAUCUCAGACUUUGGCUUGGCGCAAUUCGUAAAUUCCGAUGGAUAUUACUAUGCGAAAAGCAAGAGAGAUAUUCCCAUUAAAUGGUAUUCCCCGGAGGCUAUCUCCACCUGCAGAUUCUCACACAACUCGGAUGUUUGGAGCUAUGGGGUGACGCUCUUCGAGAUGUUCUCCCGAGGCGAAGUGCCCAAUCUAGUGCCCAUGCAGACCUCACAGGAAGACUUCCUCAAUCGCCUGGAAAACGGUGAACGCCUAAAUCGUCCGGAGAAGUGCCCAGACUUUAUAUACGACCUGAUGAAGAUGUGCUGGCACCCCACUCCCCGGUCACGCCCCAGUUUCGCCAGCAUCGUGGAUAUCAUCACAAUGGAAGUAGCCACCAAGGUUUCGCAACCGACGGAUGGCCACCAGUCGCCGCAGAACCCACUACCGGAGACCGAGUGACAGGAGACAAGAGUUUCAAAAACCACAGAAUGAUAUAUACAUAUUUAGGCAUACGAUUUUUUAAGCUGUUAGCAUUUAAACUGUACGUUUUUAAAACAACACAAGCAAGCCCCAAAACCCCUUGACGCAACCCUCAGCUUAAAGCGCUUUCGGAAGAAUCACAAUACCCCAAUAUUAAGCCCAAAAAACACUCACGCCUUCGCAAGACUUUUCGGAUUCUCGCCAGACCUUAGUUUUAUUCUUGUGCUUACCACUGGUCCCUCCCCGUGUCCCCACCCACACUCUUGACUAAGCGGAAGCCCCGACUUUAUCUAUAUAUAUAUAUAAACCAAUUCUCAACCUACUUUGUGUUAUACAUUUUAGACCACUUUGUUAAAUAUUGUUAAGCCUGAGCUUCAUUUUUUUUGUAAUGCCCACGCAUAAACACUAAAACUAAAUAUAAAGUGUAAAUAAUAAUUAAACUAGUUAAGGGUUUGAACGAGAACGGCAACACACGGUAAUUUACACGAGCUUUGGCGGACCGAUCGAAAGUAUCGGUGUCGCGGUUCGACUAAGGUUAAUCUAUAGUAAAAACAUGUGCACAUAUAGUCCUAAGGUAUGUCAAUUAAUGUUGAUCAAAUGCCAUUUUAACCUACAAUACUUCGAAACAGAAACGAAUUAUAUAUUUACAAGCUAUACAAGCCACUUUAUACAAGCCGGUAUAUGCACAACCACACCACACACGCAGGCACAAUAACUUAUUAUUGCUGUUAACGAGAAUGGAUAUUUCCAAAAUAAAUCAAUUUUCUUACGUGUUUAAA